UCGCAAUGUCAGUGUGUUGCGCACACUGGCAGGAGUAGUUUAAUAAAGACAUUUUCUCCCCUUUCCUAGUGAUGGUUUCUUGAAGAUUUUCAUUGAAGUUUGUUUCGUUUACCAUCCAGAAACGAAACAAGCCAUGGCCCCCCAAAUACUGAUUAAGCAGGAAGUCAGAAGUGUCAAAGAGUGCAGUCCCUCGCCCAGCAUCACCUCCAGCGUCGAGUCUGCUGGAGGGAAACGCAAGCUGGACUGCGAUGAUGGCGUCGAUCGCGAGAAACGACGGAAGUUGAUGAACCGCGUUGCAGCCCAGCAGAGUCGUGAUCGUAAACGACAGUAUGUGGAUGACCUGGAGAAGGAAAUCAAGAAGUUACGCAACGAAAAUACCACCUUAAAAACAGAUAAUCAGAAACUGCGAUCGCAAAAUGACGAACUGAAAAUCGAGAACGAAAUUCUGAAGACGGGAAGUGUGAAGGCUGAGUCGUGCCCCACCGUAACCAGCAGCGACGCCAGCAUCGUGCCGGAAGCCGUUGACAGUAGCCCCAUGGCCUUUGAGUCCGCCGCGCUCAUUAGUGGUCCUCUGCAGCAGGAACAGGUCAUGAGGAUGCUGAUCAACUGGCUGAUGCACUGUGUCUGGAUCAUGCAGCUGACCUCGACUCGCCGGAUCUCCUCGCAAUCCUCCAGGACAUUUGGGCAGACCUUAAUGGAGCGCCUCAAGCUGCUCCGUUCCCAGAUCAAGCUCAGUUGUUCAGCGUCGAAGGACUUGCGGGAGCCAUGGUGGGGCCCACACCAGCAGAGCUGGAAUCCCUCCAAGAUCUCCUGCAGUGCGGACCAAACCGUGCCCCUCUGUUCGUAGUCCCGCCCCUCCUGCUCGACGACCCCAACAGCGCCCCCUGCCACCCCCUCAUCCACAUCCCCGACGACGACACCCUUCCCUCCUCCAGCACCCCACCCCUCCCCCUGGUCCCCGCCUCCCCGGUGGCCAGCGACAGCGGGGUCAGUUCGCUGGGCGAGGAGGAGCUGGAUGAUCUGUACUGGAAGGAGACGCUGCGGGAUCUCGAUCAGAUGCUGACAUCCUUCAUCGUUCCCGUCGAAUAACUACACAGUUCAUCGUUAUCUCAUUAGUGCACAUUUCCGUGUUUCGUUUUUUUAACUCUGGUAAUAAAUCCUAUCUGGUGUGUUCACUGUGCAGCAUUAUUAUGCAUGUAAAAAUUGGGAUUUCUCUCGGCAAGAUUAAUUUUAUCAUUGGUUUUUACAAAGUUUAAUAUCUAUUUAUUACGUUUAUGUCGGUGUGCAUGGGUUUCUCGGUCGUCAUAAGCCGGUCUUAUGUUUUGGUGGCUCGGGAUAAUUUCCCGUUAUUCGAUUAAUUUUGUCUUGUAUGGUUCAAGAAUACAUACAAAUGAUUAAAAUAUUUCGUUUUAA